CUUCUUGUUUAGAAUCACAAUUAUACCAUGCAAGCUAUCAAAUGUGUUGUAGUGGGAGAUGGUGCUGUUGGUAAAACCUGUUUAUUGAUUUCAUAUACAACUAAUGCUUUCCCUGGUGAAUAUAUUCCAACUGUGUUUGACAACUAUUCAGCAAAUGUGAUGGUGGAUGGAAAACCUAUCAAUCUUGGUUUAUGGGAUACUGCUGGUCAAGAGGAUUAUGACCGACUUCGACCAUUGUCUUAUCCUCAAACUGAUGUCUUUUUGAUAUGUUUUUCUUUGGUCAGUCCACCUUCUUUUGAAAAUGUGAAAACCAAGUGGUAUCCUGAAAUUAGCCAUCAUGCACCCAAUACACCAAUGAUUCUUGUAGGUACAAAAUUGGAUUUACGAGAAGAUCCAGAAACCAUUGCAAAAUUACGACAAAAACAUAUGGCACCUAUUUCGUUCCAACAAAGUAUGCAAAUGUGCAAAGAUAUUGGUGCUGUCAAGUACUUGGAAUGUUCCGCUCUCACUCAAAAUGGUCUGAAAAAUGUAUUUGAUGAAGCCAUUCGUGCUGUUCUUUGUCCUGCUGCUCCUCUCAAGAAACAAAAGAAGUGUACUAUCUUGUAAUCAUAUCCUCCUCCUCUUCUUUUCUCCCCUUCGUUUUCACCAUUUAUUGAUCACCCUUUCCUCUCCCUAUCCCCUUUUUUUUUUAUUUAUUUAUUUAUUUUAAAAAAGAAUACUACUUGUUAUUUCGUUCUCC